AUGGCACCGGCAACAGUGAGAAGGGCACCUUACAAGGACUUCCUGCAGCCUGCGCUGCAUAGGCGAUUUUCUUCUACAGCUACAAUCUUGCUCGCCCUCUCAUAUAUCCAGGCGAUCUUCCUUUCGGGCUGGAGCUCCUACUUCUGGAGCUGGUUUCCCAUUGGCCCCGCCGGCAUUCGAACCCUUUUCCUUUUCGUCUGCGGCUUAUCGAUAAUUGUCUUGCGCAUUUCUCAAUACCAUGUUGGCGCACGCACCUCCAACUCGACUUUCCACGCGUUUACGACGUACUUCUUCAGUCUCCAGACCGUCGAAACAUGGCUGUUUUACGGAUUCUCGAGCACGCUGUUUUCCUACAUCUACCUGUGGGCUUUGCCGGAUACUGCGAACAUGGGCAUAGUGACGUAUUACAGCGGCGACCGGGCUAGGUUGAACGAGAAAACCAUCUUUUUCUUCUCCUACAUGGGCGUUAGCGCUGCCGUACAGGCGCUGUUUCACUUCUAUCGUGAUGACGAUAGGAUCCUCAUUGACGUGUCGAAGUCUAAGAAUGGCGAGGUGAAGGGUUCCGGGGAUACGUCUGCCACGUUGAAGAACGUCGUGAACGAGAUUCCUGCAAUUCUGAUCCAGGCGAGUCAGAGGGCGUUCACUGACAUUUUUGUCGCCGUUGGAGUUUACUUCAUCAUCUUGCGAUCCUGGAUCUGGGGUUGGGCACUGUUCUUCGUCCGGCCCUUCUAUAAUCUCCCGAAGACAAACAUGCUGCCCCCCACCCAGCCUGUCGACUUUUACUUGGUGCUGCGUUGCUUCAUCGCUGGGUUUCUCAUUUCCAGCGUGUGGAAGACGGCAAACCAUGCCUUUUCGACUUUCAUGGUCAAGGAGCCCCUGAAGAACGGCAAGCCUCUCACCAGCGAAUCCAAAGACCCCAAUGGCAGUCUCUUGAACGGACUCAAGAGCAAGAAGUCGCAGAUUAAGUGUUUCGCACUUUGGGAACUUGCCUUCAUCGCCCGAAAUGACGAAGUGAGACGGAAAGCUAUUUACGAAGAUAUUGACCGUAAAGAUGGUCCAAUGUGGUCUCAGAUUUAUGUUCUCUGCCUCGAUGUGGUCAAAAGCAUUGAGAAGAGAAUUGACGAGUAUGGGAAGCCUGCGGCUGCACCAGUUGCCCCCGUUGUGCCCGAGGAGGUGCGAGCUCGCUCCUCUGCACCCUUGAAGGAGGACCCGAUUUUCCAGAGCAAACCAGCAAACAAGAGCAUGCGAGGUGAAGUUGAAAAGGCUCUUACCUCAGUCGGCCGUCAUCCUGGCCACUCGCCGGUGUCCCAGCUCAGCCCCUUAGCGAAGAAGACCCUUCUAGGUGCGCGAGACAAGGUCCUUAGCAAAGAGCAACAAGAAGCCCUAUCAUCACCACAGCUGAUGAGCCAGUUCCAGACUUGGGCCUUACAGGUCAUCGGCAACGAGCACAUCGGCUGGAUUUUCCGCCAAGAGUUCCGGAAUCGUCUCACUGCUGUGAUCCUUGGUACACCGUACUCAGAACUGAGCCAGUACAUCAACGCUAUCGAUGUGCUGAGUUUGUUUCUGGUGAAUAGUCUUCAGGAAGACAAGUUCGGCAACGUCCACAGAGACGUGGCUUCUGUCAUCCGGACAUUCACCAUUAUCAUUAACAAAAUCGAGACAUUCAAGACGAACUUCCCGCUUCAUUGGACAGACAUUAAGCAGAGCAGGGCCACUCCCGAGGUGGAUGCAGUCAUUGCUGCUCUGAAGACUGGCCUGGCCCAGGUGGUUGCAGAGUUUGAACCCUACGCCAGCGACUUGCGGUUGAGUCGCACAGAUAUCAGACUAGCAAAGGAAGCUUCGGUUCCUGUAUCUCUUGGGCAAGAGGAUAAGCCACGACUUCCCGAGAUGCAGCAGGCCCGUUAG